CUCUCCUUCGUGACCCCCUCCGCUACGGCCCCCUCGUCGCGGUAAGCGUUGCGAUGUCGGGGGUUCUCCGAUGGAAGAAAGUCCGCGACUCGGCGACGCACGCCGCCCGAAACGCCGCGGCGGCGGUGAGGCCCCGUCCCGAGCCCCCUUGCCGCGUCUCCCGCCGCUGCCCGAUCUCCGCCUUCGCCGGUGAGCGCCGCCGCCUCCUCCUACAGGCGCCCGCGCCCCCCGCCCUAGCCGCCUCCCGUCGCCGCCUCGGCCUUCUCCGUCAGGAGCGCCACAAGUGGGACGGCGGCGCCGACGAGUUCCACACCCGCCGCAUCCGCGCCGAGGCCCAGUGCCCUCGCUGCUCGCACCACAUGGACAUCCUUUUCUCCAACCGCUCCCCUCCCUCCGUCGUCGGCGGAGGAGGCGGCGGCGGCGGAUAUCAGGCCGUCAACUUCUGCCCUAGCUGCAAGACCGCCUACUACUUCCGGCCCCACAGGCUCGCCCCUCUCGAGGGCACCUUCGUCGAGAUCGGGCGUUUACGCGACCCCGAAUCUGCCAAGGAGAGGGCAGAUGACGAGGAUAACGGGAGCCGGAUCAAGAAUUUAUUCUGGGAGGCGCUAAAGUCGUCCUACGGUGGGGAGCCGCCGGAGAAAUGGCCCCCCAUGCCCGGACCGCCUGAGAGCAAUGGCUUGGCAGUGCACACACCACCUGGCCCACCGUUCCCGCCGAACUUGAACGUGGUCAGGGUGGCCGGACCCGGUGGAAGCGGGGGAGGAGGCGGAUCAUCCGGUGGCAGUGGGUUCGGUGGAAAGGACGGGUGGGGCGGGUCAAAUUUGGGAAAGAAUUUUCCAACGCCGAAGGAAAUAUGCAAGGGGCUCGAUAAAUAUGUAAUCGGGCAGGAGCGUGCAAAAAAGGUGCUUGCUGUUGCUGUAUACAACCACUAUAAAAGAAUAUAUCAUGCAUCCUUACAGAAAGGCUCUGAAGCAGACCAUGGAAAUUUCGACACAGAAGGCAAUAAUGAUGAUAAUGUAGAGCUAGAGAAAAGCAAUGUGCUCUUGAUGGGUCCUACUGGAUCAGGGAAGACAUUACUUGCCAAAACUUUGGCUCGUUUUGUGAAUGUGCCGUUUGUCAUAGCAGACGCGACAACAUUGACACAGGCAGGCUAUGUUGGAGAAGAUGUAGAAUCAAUUUUGUACAAAUUGCUUACGGUUGCUGAGUUCAAUGUGCUGGCAGCUCAACAGGGAAUAGUGUAUAUUGAUGAAGUUGACAAGAUUACUAAGAAGGCUGAGAGCCUGAACAUUAGUAGAGAUGUAUCUGGUGAAGGUGUUCAACAAGCAUUGUUGAAAAUGCUAGAAGGAACUAUAGUCAAUGUUCCGGAGAAGGGAGCUCGGAAGCACCCACGUGGUGACAAUAUACAGAUAGAUACCAAGGACAUUCUUUUCAUAUGUGGUGGUGCUUUUGUUGAUCUGGAAAAGACUAUUUCAGAAAGACGACAGGACUCUUCUAUAGGUUUUGGAGCACCAGUCCGUGCAAACAUGAGAAGUGGUGGGUUGACGAAUGCUCUAGUGACAUCUUCCUUGUUAGAAUCCGUGGAGAGUAGCGAUUUGAUAGCAUAUGGACUCAUUCCAGAAUUCGUUGGACGUUUCCCGAUACUAGUUAGUUUAUUAUCUCUGAGCGAAGACCAACUUGUUCAGGUGUUGACAGAGCCAAAGAAUGCUCUCGGUCGGCAGUACAGGAAACUUUUCAGCAUGAAUAAUGUUAAGCUGCAUUUCACGGGCACUGCUCUUAGGUUGAUUGCUAAAAAAGCAAUGGCCAAGAACACUGGUGCACGAGGCUUGCGAGCCAUUUUGGAGAGUAUGCUUAUCGAGGCCAUGUUUGAGAUCCCUGAUGUGAAAACCGGCUGUGAGCGAAUCGAUGCAGUAGUGGUGGACGAGGAAGCCAUCGGCUCUGCUGACAAACCAGGAUGUGGAGCAAAAAUUUUACGUGGGGUUGAUGCCUUGGAGGGAUACCUUUCUGAGAACGACAAGAGCAGGGAUCUCGUGGUCGAAGAAGUGGCAGUGGCAGGUGAGACGGAAGGAGAAUCUGAGCUCACGUCGGGAGCCAUGAGCAUGUGAUUCCCACUAAUCACCAUGAUCUGUAAAAUCUAUACAUGUCAUUUUGCAUUGAUAUAAUGACCCCCCCCCCCCCCCUUCGUACACAAUAACAUUUGCAUUAACACGAGUGGCAUCAGAAGCCAUCUGGGUUCCAACAAGUUUCCCAAAGUGGAACAUGCAAAGAAAUCUCUCUUGUUUUUAUUCUUCUUAACCAUGAUGAUAAGAUUCAAUGUAUUAAAAGCAUAAGAUCUGAAUGUUGUACCCUUUAUACCUUUCUAUCUGAA